AUGUCCUUCGUGCAGCACGAGGUCCACGACGACAACGACCACAGUUUCGCCUGGGAAGCCGUGGAGAAGCGCAGCCAGAACGGCUCCUUCAUCGACGAGGUCAACGCCGCGCUCCUCAGCCGCCGGCGCUGCGGCGCUGGCACGGCGCCGCGCACCUUCCGCGUCAACUUCGGCUGCUAUGACUGGUGGGACGGGGCCAUGCUGAACCGGUGGCUCUACUACGUGCUCAACCGGAGCUCGCCCGAGCUCCACCUCGACCUGCGCCUCCAGCACACCGAGCUCCGAGAACACCACGUCAAGGAACCCUACAACGGCGAAGGCGACGGCGACUGCUACGAACCCGACGCCGACGUCCCGGCCGGUGACAGGUGUCCCUCGAGCCACUCCUACCAAUCCUACGGCCCAUCUACGUACACGCUUCCACCAAGGCUCUUCUCGUGCGUAGCCGUACGGACGCUCCGCCUCGGCGCCUGCACGUUGGAGCCGCCGAAGCUCAUCGAGCUACCGUUCCUUGAGACGUUGCACCUAAGCACCAUCGGGAGCACCGGCGACAACAUCCAACGCCUCAUCUCCGGUUGCCCGCGCCUCGUUGAUCUCACCCUGGAGAGGUGCGGCCACACAAACACAUAUUACAGAGACCCUCUUCCUGACAAAAAUUUCACCAUCACCGUCCUCGACAAGAGCCUCCGAAGACUCUCCCUACGGUGCUGCCACAACCUGGUCCGAGUCAGCAUCGACGCCUCGGAGCUGAUGACGUUCGAGUACAGGGGCGCCGUGCCGCCAGAGUCGCUCCUGGCCCUGCAUGGCACACACAAGAUCUCUUCGUGCACCAUCGGCUUCUGCGAUAGGAAAGUUUACAAGGGGCAGUUGCCCCUCUUCAGAGAGUUCCUCCAGCGGUUUACGAGCACAAGACAUCUGCAUCUGAUGUCUACACAUCUCGGCUCAGGCAUCGGCAAUGAGGUUUUCUCGGGAUUUCCCUACUUUCCAUGUCUCGUGCGGCUUGGGCUGACAGGAUACCUUGGAGGACGCAGCAUCAAGGCGGUGACUAGGUUACUCCAAGUUGCUCCGAGCAUUGAGAUUCUGUCUCUAUUCAUGAAACCGAGUCAUGAGGGGAGAUUCCGUGACGAGCUCAGCAAUGAGCCAGGUGCAAGUCUUGGAAGCACGACUCUGGAUGUUUCGAUCACGUGCUUGCAGAAUCGGGUGAAGCGGAUCAACCUAGUGCACUACCAGGGCGACGAGGCACACAGAUAUGUAGCCAAGUUGUUGCUUUGUAAUGCGAUGGUUCUUGAACAAGUGUGUGUUGUCUUUCCAAGGGGAGCGCAUGAGUUGCAGAGUAGACUAAAGAAGGAAAUUGAAGGAUGGGUGGCGAAUAAAUCAGCAAAGACGAUUUUCUUGUAA